AUGAAACAAACCACACAAGUUGUAUACAGUACAGGAAGCUUCCCAACAAAUACCCAGUCGCUUCCGGUUUCAUUGAAAAUAGGUCAAUAUGGUCGCCAGCAGACAAAAGCGCCGAUUGCGACUUUAACGGAAGGGAAUGAUGUAAUCAUAGAAUAUUUUGAGGAAGAAGACACAAAAGAAAAUGACUUUCCGGAGUGGUACAAGCAUAAAGCAAACAUGUUUCAUUUGAGAAAAUCCCACAACAGAGACAACAAAUAUCAUUCUGAAGGACACAGAAACAACAUUUACCACUACUACAGAGGAAAUAAAAUCGUCAACUACCAUUUUUAUGGUAAACACAAAGGAGAACUUCAUCGCCCACGCCAGGAUGACAAUAUUCGUGGUG